AUGGAAAGGUCCCCGUCUCCGGGGGAGAAGGCGCGGAGGCGGCGGGAGGAGCGGGAGCGGGAUCGCCUUGAGCGGAGCGGAUCCGAGGGGGAGGAGGAUGGGCGGAGAGGGGGGGCGUUUGAGGGUGGAAGGGAAGGGGAGGAGGUGGGAACGCGGGGGGGAUGGGAGAGGGGGGGAAUGGGAUUGGAAGGCGACGCGUCUCGUGAUGCUGGGGGUGGGUAUUACGGUGGUAGUGGGGUGUAUGGUGCGGUGGGCGGUGGUGCGUAUGGCGGAAAUGAGGAUGAUGGAGAUGAUGGGCAUUCCCGUGGACUUCAACACCACCAAGGGCAAGGAGGUGAAGGGAGCCAAUCAGCUUAG